AUGAACAAAUGCGCACACCACUCCGAGGCGCUCGCGCCUGGGUAUAACACCACAUUCAAAAGCACUGCCACGCACGCCAUCACGAUCCUUCUCCAUGUGAGGACGGCCGCACGAGGACAGUCCCGUUGUGCCCUACCUACUCCAUUUCGGGAAGAGCAAGCGCCCAAGUACCCUGGAUGCACUCGCGCUUGCCGUCGAGAUGAGCAUACCGCGAGGAGCAUUUGCGGAUUUUGGAAGGACUAUGCGGAUGGGCGCCCCAGCAAUCGAGUUCAACCAGAGGAUAGAGAGGGUGACGAAGAAGCGGAUAAAGAAACACUCGACCAGCCGCCCCCACCGUCCCCCACCUCUAUCCUCCUGCUGCCUCCGCGCCGCGCCGCGCCUCUGCAAAGCACGCUAUACGCGAGUCUCGCCCUCGACGCGCGUACUCCACAGCCCGCCUUCACACACACGGUACACCGAAGCCACCGCCUACAUCCGGAUGAGCAAUAG